AUGGUCAACCCUGUCCGUCUUGCUCGUAUAGCUGAGUCGAGCAGCGAACUAGCCCUUUCCGAUACCCAGAUCAAAAACCUCAAAUUGAUCUGUUUUACUCCCAUCCCUGGGUUACAGCAGCCUCAGAUAUUGUAUAACCCCCCCGCAAUCACAACGGCGAAGUCAAACGACGAUCACAUAUUGCGAAUCGAGCAAUAA